GAUCCAAAAACAAGCAAAACAGCCCAAAAACCAUGGAUCCAAUGAUCAUUUACAUCCAAAGCAGCACUUCCCACUGAAAACCCGAAGAUCUACAGAAACUACCUGUCCCCUCCACAUUUCCUUCCAGCUUCACUUUCAUUUCCUGCAAGAACUGAUAAACUGCCAGUCCACCAAAUUUCCAUCGAUCAAUCAAAAGAAAAGUUGGAACCUUUCAAGAAAUAGGGAGUCUCAAAAACUCCCAAAGUUCCAGUCUUUUCGAUCUUAAUGGCAUGGCCUUCUCGUUUCCAUCCUUCCUCAAACCCACACUUCUUUCCGUAGCUCUCCUUUCCUCUCUCUUCUUCUUCUUCCUUCAAGCCCCACCAAAACCCCCAUUAGUCCCCCAAAGAUCCCUCCUUUCAAUUUCUUGUUAUUCCCAACAUUCUUCUGAUAAUGCCCUCAUUAACUACGUCUCCAUCCAUUACUGUCUUUUCAAUGAAAAUUUUUUCCUUUCAAUUCCUUUCCUUUCUCUUCUCCUUCUCCUGGACUUUUACAUUCUCAUCAAAACAGCCCAAUCCCAUUUCUCCAUUGUCACCACGAAGCUCUCUUCUCUCCUGAACUUGUCCCCUUCCAUGGCUGCUGUCACUCUUUUAGCCCUUGGAAAUGGUGCCCCAGAUGUCUUUGCCUCCCUCCAUGCUGUCCGUACGGGUCAUUACAGAAUUGGGUUUGGCGCAAUAUUGUCGGCUGGGACUUUUGUCUCUGCCUUUGUGGUUGGCUUUGUUGCUAUCUAUGCAUCACCUUUUGGGGUAAAACCUGUUCCUUUUAUUAGGGAUGUGUUGUUUUAUUUGGUUGGGGCAUUGUUUUUGUUCUAUGUCUAUUUGAGUGGGGAAAUUUUUGUGUGGCAAGCUGUUGGUUUUGUUGGAUUUUAUAUGUUUUUUGUUGGGUUUGUGUUUUGGAUGGAUUUUGGAACUGAGAGAGAGAAGGAGGAGAAGGAGAUGGUGGCAGAAGAUUGCCGUUUGCUGGAUAAAGAUUGUGAGAUUGGAGAGGUUGAGAGGAGUUUCAAAGGAGAGAAGGAGGCUUUCGGAAUUGCAGGAGUAUAUGAAAUGAUCUCUAAAGCAUGGGAGGUUCCUAUCUCAUUUCUUCUAAGGCUCACAAUUCCACAAAUUUCCCCUUCUGAAUGGAAUAGACUCUACCUAUCUGCCAAUAUUGCCCUUUGCCCUCUGGCCCUAUUAAAUGCUUGCAACUCAUUCAUGCCAUUUGAUCACCCCAUAGUGUUCCUCCUUCCAAACACUCGUUUCCCACUCUGGUUUGUAGUACUCUUUGCAAGCUUCUCUCUGGCCAUCCUUCACUUUAUAUUGGAAAAAGAACCUCCAAAGAGCGAGCAAAUGCUUGUAGUGGUUGUGGCUUUUGUAAUGAGCGUGUUCUGGAUAUCCACUGUUGCUGGCGAAUUGCUGAACUGCUUAGCAGCUCUUGGAUCACUUCUUCAAUUGCCUCCGGCACUCCUUGGACUCACAGUACUUGCAUGGGGAAACUCCGUGGGAGAUCUUGUGGCUGAUGUUGCACUUGCCAAAGCAGGCCAUCCGGCAUUGGCCAUGGCUGGGUGCUUCGCUGGGCCAAUGUUUAAUAUGCUUGUUGGGCUUGGAACAGCUUUAGUAAUGCAAACAGCUAAUGUUUAUCCAAAAGCCUACCAGCUUCAUUUUCACAUUGGUAUUAUUAUUGCAUUUGUCUUCUUGCUUUUGAGCCUGAUGGGAUCUCUAUUGGUUAUAAUUUGGUCUAGAUUCCGGGUGCCUAGAUUUUGGGGAUUCUGCCUUGUUGGCCUUUAUAUCGUUUUCACACUAGUUAGCUUGAUCAUUACUAAGUUUUCUUGGUGAUUGAUCUGAUCCACUAAGCUGAAGAAUUCAAUUCAUUUAUGCUGAUGUAUGGAGAUUGGAGAACUUCAAAAAGGUACUACAUGUUGCUUGUCUCAGCGUUGCGAGGUGCCAGAUUAUUAUAUAUUAAUUAUGUCAAAGGAGGAUGAAUACAAAGGAAUUGUGGGGGGGUUUUUGCCUGCAAAUUCUAUAUAGAUAACUUUUAUCUUGGGAGGGAAUUGUAUUCUUCAUAUCCAGCACUUCUUAGAUUCUCCAAUAUUAUAAUGAAUGUUUUGUUUAUAGCAAAUUAGAAUAAUAUAUAAACCAGAAUAAUUUAUCUGAUAGGACAACAGUCUGAGCAUAGUGUGAUUUAUUUGUAUUCAAUAGAUGUAUAUUGGUAUUCAUUAAUGAAAUUCCACAACUUUUUGUUCUUACACAAAGGUUUACAUGUUCAUUGUUGGAUUUUGUUUUAGUUUUAACGGGCAGAACCCUUGAUUUGGUUAAAAGAAGCCCCAAAAAACUACAAUACCAACCUAGUACGAACCAUUUUCUUGAUGAUUCUCCUGGUUUGAUGAAUGCUUAAACUUAGUUCUGACAACUACAUAUGCAAUGAAAUUUUCAGCAUUAUCAAUAGCAACUGACUGCUACUAUGAAGGCACUGGCAGAUACAAAAGUUUUGCUGCCGGUAUGGAGGGUUUUCCUCCGGUGGCCAACUGGAGCUGAGGCCGGUGGGAAUGCUCCCAUCGUGCUGCCUGGUGUGGUUGAGGUCAAAAAGUGACCCUCACUGUGCCGGACUGGAGGGCAUGUGGGUUCCGAAACGAGCUUUAAAAACCUUGGAGAAACAGUUCAUUAGAACUGGAUUAUCCUGUACAGUGGAAUGUGCAAACUAUUCCGGUUCAGACUGGAACAUUACUAGGUAUUGGAUGUUUAGCUUCUGGAUCUUCCUGUUAGCCUGAUGAGAGAUCUUUCCAUAUGUUAAAAUGGUUUACCAAUUUGAAUUUACAUGUAAAUUUACUCUAAAAAACCUGACUUUGUAACAUGCCAUGAACAUAUUUAACCUCAAGCAUCACCACCUGAAUAUCUAACAGGAAAAAAAAAAAAAACCAAAAUCUGACUUGCAAGCUUGAACCAAACCAAUGUCAUUUCAUUCUGAAGCAGGCAAACACACCACAAAAAUAAUAAUAAUAUAAAAAAGAGCCACCCCAAAACCCAAAUAACCCAUAACUGCAUUUCAUUGAAAAGGGUAAUUUCGUCAGAAAACCAAAAA